AUGUUUGAUUCUGACUUAUCUGAAACAUUUCUACCUGACGCGACUAUACAACAAAAGGAAAAAAUAGCCAAGCUCGAAGCUGAAAAUAAUAAUAUUGAGGCUGUUCCUGUAAUUCACAAAUCAAUGGCAAAUACUGUACCAGGUGGAAAGGUACCUCUUAAAAUAAUACUAGAAGACAUGGGUCCACGUGUUGUUGAUAAUUGGUGUGAUGAAGCUCAUAAAGAAUACGGAAAAGUUUUUGGAACCAAUGGAUGUAUAAACAUAUUUUUUAAUAAUCAAGUUACAAAACCAUUCCACAUAUGUAAAAAAGCACCAAAGCUUAAUGCCAAACGUGAUAUGAAAAAGAAAAAAAUUUCAGAAGAAAUUAAUGAAGAAAACUUUGAUAAUAUUAUUGAAGAAUAUUUGAAUCAAAAUAAUACUUAUGAAGACGUGACCAGCAACAAUAAUCAAGUAUCAGAUACAGAAGACCUAGAAAAUAUUAAUUUGUUGCUUCCAAAGCUAAUGUCUCGAAGGUCAAUGCCUCAGAAGCCAACGUCUCAAAAUCAGCAACUAUAUCGGCCAACAUCCAAAAAAUUAGCCAAAAGAGCUUCGAAAGUUGCAUCUUCUGAAACUCCA